AUGACGAACGAACAGACGCCGUUCAAAGCAGCACAGUUCGAUGUGGAAAAGCCGGCGAGCAGUCAGGUUGAUAGCGCAGCGGGAAAUCAGCCUGUGAAGGAGUCCAGCCAGGGCAUCGAGCGAACGCGUGCUGGGUACGCAAUGUGCAUCUUGUGGGCUUUGGCAGAGGCGCGAGCAGUGUUGAUCCCAGCGCGAGCAGUGCUGAACAGCCCGCAGCACUUGCAGAAGCCGCGAGCAGUGCUGAACAGCCUGCUGUCGCUGGGCGCACAGGUAAACGACCUUUCCACCGCGUCAGUGCUGCGCAGCCUGGUCGCGAAGACCAAGUGCCCCGGAGAGGAGCCUCGUCGGGCUCCGCCUCAGCAGCACUCGGCGCGGCGCUCCAAGGCAGUGACGAACCCGCAGCAGCAGCGCGUGAAGCACCACGCCCCCGCGACGAGACCGGUGCUGCACAGCCUGGCCCAUAGAGCAGUCAGGCCCGGCAUGCUCGCCAAGCGGCAGCGAGACAAAUCCAUCGUGAACAUCCUGCGGGGCCACCCGCAAAACUCCGACAGCUCUGCCGGCGCUGCACAGCCCGGCAGCCAGCAAGCAGGGGCAGCGGCGACUUCUAGCUCCACGCUGCCCGGGCCCAUGGAGAGCAGCGCCAGCGCUGCGCAGCCCGGCCCGCCGACGAAGCAGCGGCGGCUUGCAGCCAUCGCCGCAGGGAUCAGCAGCUUGCAGGGAGAUGAGCUCCACGCACGCCUCAACGAGGCCGAGACGCUGCCCACCGCACCGUUCGGACGCCACGACCCGAACGAGCAGCUCUUCAAUGCCCACGCGCGGUACUUUUUGACGACGCUGGCAGCAUUGGAGCUACCAAACGCCCCUUUCCACGUGCUACUGAGCGCACACCGCGCGGCCACAGCCCUGCAGGACGUCAUCCCAGAGCGCCGCGCGCUCUAUGCUCAGGCAGCCUCAGAGCGGCGACAUUCCACCCCUACCGCCCCUGAAGUCUGCGAGGUGCUGCAUCAGUUCUACAACGACCCUUGCGCGCAGCACUUGAAGCAGGACGCGCGCGGUGCGGAUGUGGAACUCGCGGCGAACCGACCCCCGGCCUACUUCACCCGCCUCGCAGACAGUGCUGCACAGCCUGUCUCGCCAUCGGCAUCCAGCAGUGGUGCGCGGCCUGUAGGAGCAUCAGGCCCCAUGCUCCCCGCGGCUUCGCCACCGGUCAUGCGCUGGAUUUGCGGCAAAGGGUUCACGCACAACGGCGCCUUCUUCAAGCGCUGCUCCGACGCCCACGGCGGCUGCGCGGAGCGUCGCAAGAGGCUCUCGUGGCGAGCGCAACAGGAUGGUUUCAAGCCCCUGUUGCCCUGGGUCAAAAGGCGCAUCUUGCAGUCCGCCACCUUCCACUUGACGUUCUCGGCGCCUGGUUCCUUGUCGCUCCAUUGGAACCGCCCGGAGGCCAUCGCCGCGGCAAAGGCGAGGCGCGAGGACACUGAUGACUCGCGCAAGUGUCAGCUCCUCACCGUGCAGCGCGAAGCCUACAAGGCCCUCGCUGCGGAGCGUGCCCGGGUCAACGCCAUCUUCGCCGAGAUUCCCGUGGACCAGGCCGCCGCGAAUGCCCCCCCGCGCAACGGCGCGCCGCAGCAAUUCCUGGACUGCGCCGUCCAGAUGCCGGAGGUCGAGCGUUGCAGCGCGACGCGCUCAGGGCCGGGCACCGCCCGCGAUCCUUUGGACGCGGCCCGCCCCGAAGACGACGCCACUGACAAGCUGUCUGAGAGCGACGACGACAAGUUCGCUGCGACAGCGUUAGGGGAGGUCGAAACCCCAAUAGGCAUGGACCCCACGGCCGUGCCCACGUUCGUGCAGCACGUGGCCGCCCUUAAACGCAACUUGGAACACGCGCGGGAGUUAGUCGCCUCCCUCAGUUUUUCCGCCAACCGGAAUCCGAGCGGACAGAGCGACAGCAGUGCUGCACAGCCAGCUUCCUUGGCCACGGUCAGAGCCGCUGCGGAGGAGCAGCGCUUCAGGGCCGCCGUGGACUUGCGAGAGGCCGCCUGGCAGCUGGACACCCACAGUUGGGAGAGGAACCUCGCUCUCCUAGACAACGCUGCCGAGUGCGACAAAGCCCUCUUCGCGCCCUCGCAGAAGCCUUUGAGCAUGUUCGACCCGACGACGUGGUCCAAGUGUUUUUCCGAGUGGUGGUUUGGCCUCCCGAACGAUUCACAGCGACCGCGCAAGGUCACCUUUGAGCAGCUCUUUGCCGCCCUCCUGCGCCGAGAGGAGCUCGAGUGCCAUCUCGAAGAGGCGUGCCGGCUUGUCCGUGGUCCGCGGCGCUGGUUCCAGGACAUGUUCGGGGCCAGCGUCUGCGGCCCCAUGGCGUCGGCCGCGCCCCGCCGAGAGCUCUCUGGCGGGCGCUCUGGACGAUACGACACUGUCGUCACGUUGCUGUCAUCCGAGGGCAGGGCCAACGCCCUCCCCGAGGAGCGGGCGCUGAAGCCCAGCGGCCGCGAGCUGUGGGGCCGCCGGGCCGACGAGGCGCCGCCGGCGCCGGCGGGGGACUUGAAGGCCGCGGAAGAGUUGGCCGAGAAGGCGGCUGUUCAGCUUCAGGCGCCCGCCGCCGGCUGCCUCCGCCGGCUGUCCCCCUUGGCGCUGCUCGGCUCCGCGGCGGCGGGCUGGGCCCUGCUGCGCGGGACCGACUGGCGCCCAGACCCGGUCGGCGGCGAGCGUCAGCUCGGCCAGCUCGGCUGGAGGACAGGGGGGCCGCGCCGCGAGGCGGCACCCGGCGGCGCCGCGGAGCCAACCCGCGGAGACGCGUCCGUGACCCUCGUGAGCGCGGGCGCCUCGGUGCUGCCGCAGCCGGAGGGAGACGAAGAGUGCAGCGACGCGCUGCCUGGGGACGAGUGCUACGACGCCGUGACCUGGGCCAUGCAAGAAGGCAUCUGGGGCCACGCCGAGUGGUACCCGGGGCUCACGCUCUGGUCCAGGUUCGAGGAGUUCCAGGGCGAGCUCCACAGGCAGGGCAAGUGCCCGCGCCCGUGCAGGGAGCCCCCCCGCGCUGCCCGCCCGCACGGCAUCCCCGGGCGCGCGCUGGACCUGCCCGGGCUUUGGGGCACGCGCCAGGAGAGCUGGAAUUUUACGUAUAUCGCGCCAUGGGCGACGUGGUGGAUUACCCGCUGA